AUGACAUUACCUGGAAUCAACCGAAACACAGCCCAGAACAUCAUCGAGUACCGCUGUCGAAUUGGUGGCUUCAAGAAGGUUGAGGAUCUAGCUCUUGUGUCUGGUGUCGGUGCGGCCAAACUUGGGGUGAUGCGGCCAGAGAUCUGUGUCAGUCAAAAACGAAGUAGCAGUUCUCGUGGGAGUUCCCCUGGGAGUAGCCGUCAGGAUGUCAACCUGAAUGAACGUAGUAUGCGUCGGUCAAACAGCAAUGCCCAGCUACGGAUCAAUGUAAACUCUGCCAAUGUGUUUCAGUUGAUGAAGGUCAAAGGUGUUGGUCAGCUGAUAGCUGAAAAUAUCGUGGCCCAUCGUGAUAAAAAAGGACCCUUUAAAUCUCUUGACGAACUCUCAAAGGUAAAAGGGAUUGGGGCAGGUCUUCUCGGAGCAAUCCGACACCACUUAACACUGAGUGAUAUAGAUGUAUCCUCAGCAACCAUAUCUACAAUUGCUAACCAUAGCUUGUCAUCAACACCAAAACAAUUACAAAAUGCCAACGGACAUUUACCUAAUGUUGGCCAAACUGAAAAAGAGGACAAUGUUGAGUUAUCAGCCAAGUUGAACAAUUCUUUUGAAGAUCUCCUAGAACUAUUAGGACCGUUAGCUCGAAAGUCUAUUCGACCCAAAGUACAACCUUUUAAUUUUAAGCGGAAUAAUACACCUGCAAUUCGGAUUGCUACUUGGAAUUUGGAUGGGUGUUCAGCAGACAAAAUCUUCAAUCCAGGAGUACGAGAUGUUAUAUGCAUGACUGUACUGGAAAAUGGGUUGGGUUUGAUAGCUGUACAGGAAAUAGCAGAUAUUGAAGCUCUUGAAAAGGUAAGGAAAACUUGUCCUCCUUCUUUCUUCCAUUAUUUACAGGUGUAA